AUGUCAUGGCAGGAUGUCAUCCAACAGGGCUUGGUUGCUCGAGAUGCCAAUGAGAAAGCCUACAACUCAAUUAUCAAUGACUACCGUAGACUCGCACAGCAAACAUCUAUCCUCAAAGAACGUAACAGCGCACUUCUUAAAGCGGCCGGGUCAAUUGGUGGCGGUGGAUCCAAUGGAGGUGGGGACUCCUCUGUCUCCCGGGCCUAUACGGCAUCUUUGGAAUCUCAACUGAGCACCCUGCGAGACGAGUUAGCAACUUUGUACAAGACUCAGGGACAAAAUGCACAACGCUUACUGGUCAUGAAUGAGGCCCUCCGCGAAAGGGAAGAACGAUCUAGGGCUGAGGUAGAUGAGACAAGAUUGUUGAGAGUCGAAGCAGCAAGGCUGAGAGAACGGGUGGCAAGCCAUGCUGAAGUCAUGAGGGAGAAGGAACGAAAUGUGCAGAUUUUACAAGAUGAAUUGUGCACUCUGCAACUAGAGUACACCCAACAGGAACAGAAAAUCAAAGAUUUGAAGAGUGAUAACGCUAAUUUACUUCAGAGGUGGCUCGAUAAAGUUCAUGAAGAAGCUGUCCGCAUGAACGAUGCCAACCAAUUUCUAGUAGAAGUAGAGAAGAAAGGCUUGCCGCCGGUCGAGCCCCCCGGCUGA